AUGGAACAUAAUAUCAACGGUGUGUACGAUACGCGUGCACUACCCACAAAUGCAUUUAUGAAAGGUUUUAUAGAACGCACUAAUGUUCAAGAACGCUUGCAACAAUACAGAUGCGAUAAAGCAGCCAUUUGCCGGGAACUGUACUUCAAAGAUACCUUUGUGAAAAUGCUGUUGGCUAUAUCUAAACUGCAUGUGUCUAUCGUGAAAUGUCGUCAAAUAUUAAAGACAAUGAUUGUAGAUAACCCAGACAUAUCUAAUGUUCACGGUCUAGCCCUGUGCCAUAUGAUGCUGGAGCAAGGUAAACAUUUCCCUGGAAAGAAGACUUGGCGCAGCUUUGGCUUUCGCGAUCGCUUCACGAUGUGUUUAGCAUCUCCAAUGUGCUGGACCGGAAAACUUUGUAUGCACGAUGGGCGACGUCUGGAGAUGAUUCUUGUAGGUCACGCUAUCAACAUUUUAAACCAUCCUCGCUAUCCCGUGAAGGUCCGGUAUCGUCCACCUAAGGGUCAUAAUGAUGAUGAAAGAUGGGAUGAAACUUGUGGAAUGCCGAAAGCAGACUGGGCGGUUGCAAAGUACGCCAAAAUACUGCUUCAUGGUUUGCGAAAGCUGAUGAAAUCUGUACUUGUAGAGGAAGAUACAGCUUUUGAAAACGUCCUUGAAUUGUUCAGAUUUAACUGUGCAGAAGCUAUAGCCCAGCAUACUCCCUCAUCUGCUUUGGCCUGGAUUCGCCUGUACGCAUCUUGCAUAUUGGAAUGCACACUCUCUUCUGGCUCCUACUAUCUACUGGACCUUGCAGAUAAAUGCAAAAACUGCAAAGACUGUGAAUUGAUCUCGCGCAGUCAUCAAGCUUUAUUAGGUAAAGUGGAAUACGAAGACUUGCUAAGCACUUCUCCGCUUACUUCGCGCGAUGACAUUCUCAAAUUAUCGAGCGAGUGUAACACUGAUCUAGAGAACUUCAAAGCAACAUUAAUUCAACCAAAAAGCACUCCUUUCUUGAGCCAUCUGGGAGUAGCGGAUCAAGAACUAAAAUGCGGCGAUAUAAGGGAUAUUCUCAAGGCGGCAACGUUGUUAGCGUCAUAUCGUUUUCUUGCAGACGGUCGAUCGCCGCCCAAUGUCUUUGUUGGAGCUACUUUUUACGACCCCCAUUCUAUGUAUUCAAAGUUUCAUCCAGGUACUCGCCGAUAUGCAACCAGUACUUACAAGUUCAAAAGGAAUAUCAAAAGCGCAAUACUGCUUGCCGGAGAUAAGGAUUUGAUAAAUCUUAGGGUAGACGAGAGUAUUUUCAUAUUUGCGGUGGAUCGACAAGAUGUGGAUGGCAAAAAUCAAGAAUUGAAAGCAUCGCAAGAGCUACAAGCAUCGGAUAUUGUCAUGGAUGGAAAGGAAAUGGCUGAGUUACUCAAGUGCAUUCAGGUAGAAGGCGGAUCGGCUACGUAUAGCAAGAAUAAUUUUGGAGCGUUUCAAAGUGCUAAAUUCACGGGAGCUCAAAAACUGUGCAUUCCUCCUUCAGCUGAAGAUUUGUUACAAGCUGGAGUGUACACAUCGAUAUCUAGAGAAAAUGAUGACGAAAUAGGGUAUGAAGUUAGCUCUUGGGAAAAUACCUCUUAUAGCGGUGCUGGUGGCAGUUUUUUCCGACUACUGAAAGUGCUCACUUCCGGCAUGGGUGGAAGCUCAUAUCUAAGAUGCGCUGUCAACCGUCAAUAUCAACGUCUUCAACACAAUGAAAGCACACUACGAGCCGUCCUCUUCAACAGCAGCUUUCAGUGA